CGGAGCUCGCCCGCGUCCUGCAUGGCGAGCUCGUCCUUGCAGCCUGGCCGGCCCGGGCAGGGGAAGCGCGGAGCCCCCGCAGGCCGCCGAGGGGGCAGGAUGCACGCGUCCGGCCGGGGGCCCAGAGGUGAUGGAUGAGUGAGGCCGGAGAGCAGGAGAUCGGGGAGCGGCCGGGGCCUCCAGACGCACGAAGGGACCGGACCGGUGCAGAGGGGCAGAGGCAUCACCAUGAACACGAGCAUUCCGUAUCAGCAGAAUCCUUACAGUUCCCGGGGCGGCUCAAAUGUCAUUCAUUGCUACCGAUGUGGAGACACCUGCAAAGGGGAAGUGGUUCGAGUCCACAACAACCACUUCCACAUCAGAUGCUUCACCUGUCAAGUGUGUGGCUGUGCCCUGGCCCAGUCAGGCUUCUUCUUCAAGAACCAAGAAUACAUCUGUACCCAAGACUACCAGCAACUCUAUGGCACCCGCUGUGACAGCUGCCGAGACUUCAUCACAGGCGAGGUUAUCUCUGCCCUGGGCCGCACUUACCAUCCCAAGUGUUUCGUGUGUAGCCUAUGCAGGAAGCCUUUCCCCAUUGGAGACAAAGUGACUUUCAGUGGGAAGGAAUGUGUGUGUCAGACGUGUUCCCAGUCCAUGACGAGCAGUAAACCAAUCAAGAUUCGUGGACCAAGCCACUGUGCUGGGUGCAAGGAAGAAAUCAAGCAUGGCCAGUCGCUCCUGGCUCUGGACAAACAGUGGCAUGUGAGCUGCUUCAAAUGCCAGACCUGCAGUGUCAUCCUGACUGGGGAGUACAUCAGCAAGGAUGGUGUACCCUACUGCGAAUCUGACUACCAUGCUCAGUUUGGCAUCAAAUGUGAGACUUGUGACCGAUACAUCAGUGGCAGAGUCUUGGAGGCAGGAGGGAAGCACUACCACCCAACCUGUGCCCGAUGUGUCCGCUGCCACCAGAUGUUCACAGAAGGGGAAGAGAUGUACCUCACAGGUUCUGAGGUUUGGCAUCCCAUCUGCAAACAGGCAGCUCGGGCAGAGAAGAAGUUAAAGCAUAGACGGACAUCUGAAACAUCCAUCUCACCUCCAGGAUCCAGCAUUGGGUCACCCAAUCGAGUCAUCUGUGCCAAGGUGGAUAACGAGAUCCUUAAUUACAGAGACCUGGCAGCCCUCCCCAAGGUCAAGUCCAUCUACGAGGUUCAACGCCCCGACCUCAUUUCCUACGAACCUCAUUCCAGAUACACGUCUGACGAGAUGUUGGAGCGGUGUGGCUAUGGAGAGUCGCUGGGAACCUUAUCCCCCUACUCCCAGGACAUCUAUGAGAAUCUGGACCUCCGGCAGAGGCGGGCCUCCAGCCCUGGAUACAUCGACUCCCCCACCUACAGCCGACAGGGAAUGUCCCCCACCUUCUCCCGCUCACCUCACCACUACUACCGCUCUGGGCCCGAGAGUGGCCGGAGCUCUCCAUACCAUAGCCAGUUAGAUGUCAGGUCUUCCACACCAACCUCUUACCAGGCUCCCAAGCACUUUCACAUCCCAGCUGGAGAGAGCAACAUCUACCGGAAACCCCCGAUCUACAAACGACAAGGUGAUCUGUCAACAGCCACCAAAAGCAAAACAAGUGAGGACAUCAGCCAGACCUCCAAGUACAGCCCAGCCUACUCCCCAGACCCAUACUAUGCUGCGGAAUCUGACUUCUGGACCUAUCACGGGUCGCCUAAAGUGCCCCGAGCCAGAAGAUUCUCAUCUGGUGGAGAAGAAGAUGAUUUUGACCGCAGCAUGCACAAGCUCCAGAGUGGGAUUGGCCGGCUGAUCCUGAAGGAAGAAAUGAAGGCCCGGUCCAGCUCCUAUGCUGAUCCCUGGACUCCGCCUCGGAGCUCCACAAGCAGCCGAGAAGCCUUGCACAUGGCUGGCUACGACAUGACACUCAAUGGCUCCCCUCGGUCACACUACCUGGCUGAUAGCGAUCCCCUCAUCUCCAAAUCAGCCUCCCUGCCUGCCUAUAGAAGAAAUGGACUGCACAGGACACCCAGCGCAGACCUCUUCCACUAUGACAGCAUGAACGCUGUCAAUUGGGGCAUGCGAGAGUACAAGGUAAAGGUGAUGCAGAGCCCUUUGGGGUUUCGGGACCUGGGGAGCCACUACAUUUGGGGACCAGCAGGAGCUGCAGCAAGAUCUAUAGGAGGAAGAAAAUCUAGAUCAUAGCCCCCGACUCCUAUGGCAUGUUCAGUCUCACCAGCUCCCCAUCCCAGAUCCCACCAUACCUCUCACCUGCUGAAAUCCAAUAGCUCUCUAGAUGCCUUAUUGAUGAUCCAGAUGCUGAUUUAUUCCCAGAUAUUACACACAUCUGGGAGACCUUGUGCCCACAUUAAUGACAAAUGUCACCCAACUUGACCCUGGUGUGUUGUGGACUUGAGAACCUGUCUUUUGAUAGGAGGUGCCUUGAGUCUCACAGGUCACGCCAGGAGGGGCAGCAUAGCCCCACCUCCAGACUGACUCUUGUGCCAUUUCUGCAUAGGGGGGAACCCAGGCACCAAUUGUGCCUGAACAAAAUGUGCACUCUGUGCCCAUCUUUCUCCUUAGAUCUACCCAUAUGAACUGCUGUUGGUCACCACAAGAGGAAGAAGCCGACUCCCCAAGGAUGUGGACCGGACCCGCUUAGAGCGCCACCUGUCCCAGGAAGAGUUCUACCAAGUCUUCGGCAUGACCAUCUCUGAGUUUGACCGGCUGGCCCUCUGGAAAAGGAAUGAACUAAAGAAGCAAGCCCGGCUGUUCUAGACAGAAGUUGAUAAAUACCUUGCAUUUCUAUAAAGAAACACAUCAGAUCUCUACUGAAGCUCUGUAUAGUCCUCUCCUGUGUAAUGGGGCAUGCUGCCUGCCAUGAGACUUGCUUUACUAGAGUGCCAGGCCAGCCCAUGUCAGCCAGGGUCUAAAGCAAGCUCAUGGUAUAAGAGGAAAGGAAAGGCAUCUCCCUUCCCUGCACAACCUCCAACUGUCCUCUUCAUACCAACGACCAGCAGGAUGAGGAGAAUUCAGGAGGGAGAAGGGCUUUAAUGGAGCUGAAGGACUAUUUGGAAUCCCUCUCUCACUGCCUGUGCACUUCAUAUCCCAUCCCCUCCCAAGGAGAGGCCCAUCAUUGCAGCCUGUAUUCUUCAGCCUUACCACAGUCUAUGUGCCUGACAACUCAACACACCACAGGGCUAAUGCUGCCACCAGAGCUCCAACCAACCAACCAGACACACAACUUCCAACCACCCAUCUGAAGUUGAUCUGGGCUAGAGCCAGGUUCUUAUUUUCCUAUACCUGUUGGGCCCUGGAAUAGCAGGUGAUCCAACCAGAGUUCCCCCUUUUUUCAACUCCCAUUGUAAAGCUGACCAUAUCUCUUGUGUGGGCGGAGGGUGGCUUUCAGAAUGGCUGCUCAUGAGAUUCCACAAUGAAGCGUUGACCAACUCUGCUCAUGGUCAACCUGAGUUUACCCCAGUGACUGCCUUUCCUGCCUCCUUGCCUUCUGAACCGUGGUGAUAGUGGAACCAUCUUCCCUUCCCAAACCUUCAACCCAAGUGGGUGGUGUUUGAUGGGGGUCUAUUUCUUCUUGGAGGUGCCUUGAAGUUCUGGAGAAAGUAUGAAGAUGUUAGAAAUAACAGUUAUGAGUCUCAAGAGGCUGGCAAUGUCAACUGACAAGUGUAGAACUGACUUCAACAGCACUUCACUGAGCACCUGCUGUCUAUUGACCACCGGAUGGGGGUGGGAGAACAUUAGGAUGGUUAGGUUGAUAUGGGCACUGGUCUGGGGACAUCUCAGCUAAUGAUGGGUCUCCUAAGACUGUACUCAGAUAUGUUGGUUGUAAAAUAGAAAGUGGUAGAAGAGGGCUUGAGAAGUGUGUGACAUAGCUAUACAAAUCAUUGGUGCAAACCAAGGAAAGCUUUCUGGAGGAUAUUGCAUUUUGAGCAAAGUUCAAGAAAGACCUGUAUAAACUGGAAGGAAACUAUUGUAAAAGGGUGACAGAUGUGAGCCUGGCAGGGAGGUCUAUGUACCCUACUCUCAAAUGUCAAUUCUCUCUACAACUCUUCUUUUUGGCCAAUGUCUUUUCAACUUUCCUGACCCUUUCAAAAUGUCCCAGCCAGACCAGUCUUUGACACUGCCUCAUAAUCACUGGUUAAAGUUUGGCAAAAUUAAAGAGCUUUUGUUAUUGUUGUUGGAUAUUUUUGGUUUCCCAUAAAACCAUAUAAUUCAAUCUA